AUGGAACUAAAGAACUAGAUUCUGUUGGUUAUUCUAAUACCAAUCAUUCUUAUUCUUAUGUUAGCAGUGUUAUAAGUAGGUUUGUUGGGUUUUGUGAGUAUCCCUAGUUUUCAAGAUUCACUGCUAGACUUUCAUAUAAACAGACACUUGAAUGGUCUUUAAAUUGAAAUGAAUAUCAUAGAGCAAGUAAAAGAGCAUAAAAAUUUAAUAGGAAAUCUAUAUCUAAUACUAAGCUUACUUUAAUUAGAUAUUCGGAGUGAGUGCCCAUUUAAGACAUUAUUGUUUUGGUGAGUUCCAAAAUUAUUCAAGCUGGUAAACAUGAAAAUUAAAAUUAUUUAGGACUUUGGAUGAUAAAUAGUUGAGUCUAAAUGCAUUUACUUCAACAAAGAAGGAUUCCCAAGACUAUAAGAUAGCAUGGUCACAUUCUAAAUAUUAAACCUUGACUGAAUUGUAAAACUAAAGUCCUUAAUUAUAUUUUCAACUAACUAAGGCUGCCUAAUCUCUCAUAUUGUCUGAUAUAAUAAUAAAGUAAUAAGUUAAUUUUACACUUUAGUAACACCCGGUCCCUUAAACAAGACCUAAAUUUAAAUACAACAAGUGAUACUUCGUCUGAUGCUGAAGCACUUGUUCCAAUAAACUAUGCUGCAACUAUGAUACAUUGCACUGAUUCUUUCGUUAUCCGCUUUCCUUAGUUUACUGAAGUUCAAUAAUAAAAACUUACUGGCUUCAAUGUUUCUUAAUGGUUACCAGAGAUUCCUAUGUCACUCGAUCCUACAUUAAACUUCACAAUGAAAUAUGAUAGAACAGAUGAAUUUACAAGUGGACCUUCAAUAAGUUUGACAUAAAUAGUUCAUCAAACUGAUACUACAAAAUGUUACAUGACUGCAAAAGUGCUUAAUUCUUAUUUAGAGGAUUUAACAACUAGACAUCUAUAAUAACACUAAUCUUAAGGUGAAUAAGAACAUCAAUUAUUUGUUGCUAUCAUAAAUGAAGAAUAUACAGUACUUUCUCCCAAAAACUAUUCUGAUAGGAAUGUCACUUAAGCAAUUGUAUAAUAUAUUAAUGAGACUAAAUAACUAAGUAAUUCAUCUUAUACAGAAUUGAUUUCAAAGAUGGAUGCUCCUAUUUAUGAUAAAAUCAAAGAAUUAAGAACAAAUGAUACACUUAAUAGUACAUAAUUAAUAUAUUCCUUUGGAUCAUACAAAUUCUAUUUGCUUUUUUCAGAAGUAGUAACUACAUCAUCCAAAAGGGUAUCUAUUGUCACUGCUCCUGAAAAUGGAAGAAGGUAUGUUUAUAUUGAACCUGAAGUUAAUGAUUUUAAGAUGCCAACAUUUAUAUUGAUCCAUUACUUUGAAGAGAAUGUAUUGAUACAAGAAUUAUAUGAAGGAACAUCUUUAAAUAAUGUAAGAAUUUUAGAAAUUAUUGUUCUAAUUGUAAUUAUUGUAUUGUCUGUUGUUAUAUUUUUAUUUGUUUGGUAUACUGCAACUAGAAUAGGAUUAUCUUUUGAAUAGCCUAUUAAAGUAUUAACUGAAUUCAUGAAUAGUAUAGAUAUCUAAAAUAUGGAUCAAGAAGAAGAAUUAAUAAAUUAUUAAGACUAUUUUAAUUCAUUUGAAAUUAAAUCAUUAUUCUAAACUAUGAAUAUAUUUGUUACAACAAUUAAAUACUCGAAUUAAAAGUAUUCUAACUCGAAACAUUCUGAUGCAAUAGCUUUAAUGGAAUUAAGUAGAGCUAAAGAUUUUUACAAGAAAGAAAUUGGUAAUAUGAGUGCUGUAGGUAUUUGUGCAAAUAAUAUUGGAAUUUUACAUAUGAAAGGAGGAAGAGUAUUCGAAGCAGUUAAUGAAAUGGAAGAAGCUAUAUAUAUAGCAAAAUUAGAAUUAAUGGAAAUUAAAGAAUUAAAGAAAUGGUGUACAACUAUGAUGGCUGCUUUAUAGGAACCAAAUCUAUAUCAAAAUUUAAGAUUAAAACUUAAAGGACUUGCAAAUAAGUUCAGAUAAUAGAUUGAAAUUACAUGGAUAAAGAAAAUUUAAAAGAAAUAAUAAGAAGACUAGAAAAAUGAAACUAAUACAUAAAUGAAAGCUAUAUCUUCAUCUUAAAGAUAGAAAAAUAUUUCAAAUACUUCUAAAAAUAUAUCUACUACAGUUAUACAUUCAAAAAAUAUUCCACAUAUGGCUUUAAUAAAUCCUUAAUCUAGUUGUUCUAGUAAAAAUACUCAAUUAGCAAGUGUUGCAGUUAAUUCUGUAACAACUCCAAUCAAUAAAAAGAAAAGAACUUUAACUUAUGAGAAAAGUUUAAAUGAAUCAAAAAAAGGAUUAUAACCAAUAAAUUAAGUAGAUUAAGAAAAUUCAAAUUAUUAUUCACCAUAACUUUCCCCUAAUGUAAGCAAUAACAGAUCAAAAUAUUUAGGUUAAUCAUACAAUUAAAGUAGUAUAAUGUAGAGUUAAAGAUUGGAUAUGAAAGAAAGCAUUAUAAAUUAUGAAGAUAAAUAGAAUAAUAAUCAAUUAGAAGAAAGAGAAAGAAAUAAUUCUGGAUCUAGUGAUGUAUAGAUGUCAGAAUUAUAAAUGAUAAAAGAGAAAUUAUCUGAAUUGACAAAAAAGAAGAAAUUGGCAAAGGCUAAAUUAUUAAAUAGAUAAUUUUAGUUGGCCUAAUUUAUGUUUAAUAUAUGUAUGUAAUAUUCUGAUGUAUUUAUUCCUGAAACAUUAAAAUUAUUUACUGAUUUUGAAGCUACUGCAGAAAAAGAUUAAAGAUUUACAUAAUCUAAAAUUGUUAGACUUAUAAAUUUGCAUGUAAAAAAAGCUUUAUGUUAUAUUCAAAUUGGUGAUAUUAGUAAUUUUUAACUUUCAGAAUAAAAAGCAGAAGAAUAUUAUAAUAAAUUAAUUUAAGAUAAUGCAAAUCUUGAAUAAGCCUAAUAAAAUGAAGAAUAAGACUUUAACUUUGUUGAUAUGUUUAAAAAUGUACCUAAAGAAGUUUUAUUUUCUAAAAUAAGAUAACUUAAGGCUAUAUAUCAAUUAUUGAGAGGAAACUUUAAAACUGCUGCUGAAAUUUUAACAGAAAUUAUAGAAAUGGGUGAUUAUUAUGAUCCUGAAGUUAGAGACUUUUGUUUAAUGGUUUUGGAGAAGAUAUUUAAAUUAUUUAAUAUUUCUCCAUAACCAAUUCAAUAAUUUAGGAAUUAGAUUUCUAUUAAUGUCUAUGAGAUUGUUUUCAUGAUAGAUUAUUCCAAAGAAAUGAAUAUUGAAUAAAUCAAUCUAUCUCAUAGUAUUUGCACUAAAAUAUUUUCUAUCCUCUAACCUUAAGAUUUAAUAGGAAUGUAUGGUUUCAAUAAUUCUCUUCAUGAAGCCUUUCCUCUUUAACCCAAAGGAACUUAUAAGGAUCUAUUAAAUAAAUAAUUGUAUAUGGCCAUUACUGCACCUGGAGGAAACUCUAGAUUAUAUUAAGCAUUAAGAUUUGCUGUGAAAAACUUCUUUGAACAUAAAAUCAAUAUUUCGAAUCCUCAUAAAACCAACUGUAAAUCUGAUGAUCAAAAAAGUAAUUAAAAAAAAGAGUGCAACAAUUUCACAAUUCAUGAAGAGAAUGAAUAAGAUUUAUCAUAAUCAUAAUUUCCACCUUUAUCUAAUAAUGAUGAUCCUAAAUAAAAGUAAAAUAUUUCUUUAUGUUUUAGACUCAAUGAAUCCUAAACUGAAGGAGAAUAAGAUACUGAAUCUGAUAAUGAUGAUAUUCAAUUUUUUAAAAAUGGCAAUAAUGUCAAUUUUAAUGGUAAAAGUGAAGACAAUAAUGAUCAAUAGCAAUAUGAUUUUAGAAGUAGAUAUAAAUUUAUAUGCAUUUUCACAGAAAGUACUAUUUUCUAUUUAUCUUUUAGUUAAUAAACAUAUGUGUUAGAAGUAAGAAGAAAAACUAAAACAAUUACUUGAAAAGAAUUAGGUUGAUUUGAUGGUAUUCAAUAUUGCAAAUCAAAAUGCCAACAUGUUAGAAUUAAAGAAAUUAUCUAAAAUUACGCCAAGAAGCAUAUUUGUCAAUGCCACAGCAAAUCUUGAAUAAUUGUUUGGAAAAUCGAGAUAAAACUAACUUUAAAAAAAGAUGUAUUUAGAAUUCUUCUGA